AUGCCUUCUCUGACCGACCAAGAGCUCCGCGCUCUUCACGACCGCAUCGAGUCCCUCCAAAAGGAACUCGAAGAGGCCAAGAGCUACGCCGCGGUCCUUGAGUCCAACUUGAAGACUGCCCGAAAGUCUGAUCCCAAUGCUGGCAACCCUGGAGAUGCCAAGGACGAUCUCAAAGAGGGCGAGACCCGUGUUGAGAUGUGUGAGAUUGGGGGCGAACGUUUCGUCAAGUGGACGACAGGUCCGGCUUUCUUCCCUGCCGACUACUUCGCUCGUAAGAUGAACACGGAUGUCGAGUCGCUCUGGGCGGCGAACGGACCGGGGAGUCCUGAGGCCAACACCGACGACAAGUCUGAGAAGAGCGAGUGGGAGAUUGUCUAA